UUCCGACGCCCGGGGUGCCGGGCUGGCGCCCAGAUGCGGCGGUGGCAGCGGCGCGGAGCUGGGGCGGUCGCAGUGGAGCUGCUGGAGGCGCCGGGAGCCCGUCCGUCAGGAGUCGCGCCACGGGUUUCCAUCCCCGCCCGGCGCCCAGCGUGGCACGGGCGCCCACUGGAGAGGGCUUCUCGGUUCGCACGCGCGGUCCCGUUCCUGGCAUAAUGAAGGACCGGCUAAUAGAACUUGUGGAGUUAACCAAGCGGUAUGAACAGCAGUUCCCAGACAAGGACAAUGAAUUUGACUCGCCCCCCGAGGAUAUCGUGUUCGAGACGGACCACAUCCUGGAAUCCUUGUACAGAGACAUCCAGGACCUUCAGGAUGAAAACCAGCAGCUAACUUACGACGUGAAGCGGCUGGGAAAGCAGAACACCCGCUUCCUCACGUCCAUGAGGCGCCUCAGCAGCAUCAAGCGGGACACCAACUCGAUUGCCAAGGACAUCAAGGCCCGGGGCGAGAGCAUCCACCGCAAGCUGAGCGCCAUGAAGGCGCUGAGCGAGGUCGCCGAGGCCCAGCACGGCGCGCACUCGGCCGUGGCGCGCAUCGCGCGCGCACAGUACAGCGCUCUCACCCUCCCGUUCCAGGCCGCCAUGCUCGAGUACAACCAGGCCGAGAUGAAGCAGCGCGAAAACUGCAAGAUCCGCAUCCAGCGCCAGCUGGAGAUCAUGGGCAAGGACGUGUCGGGCGACCAGAUCGAGGACAUGUUCGAACAAGGCAAGUGGGACGUGUUCUCAGAGAACCUGCUGGCUGACGUGAAGGGCGCGCGGGCGGCCCUCAACGAGAUCGAGAGCCGCCACCGCGAGAUGCUGCGGCUGGAGAGCCGCAUCCGCGACCUGCACGACCUCUUCCUGCAGAUGGCCAUGCUGGUGGAGCAGCAGGCUGACACCCUGGACGUCAUCGAGUUCAACGUGCAGAAGACCCUCGACUACACCGGCCAGGCCAAGGUGCAGGUGAGCAAGGCCGUGCAGUACAAGAAGAAGAACCCCUGCCGGACCGUCUGCUGCUUCUGCUGCCCCUGCCUCAACUAGCAGAAGGCCCAGGCCGCCACACCCCAUCCCCGGCAGGAAUGGGAGGGGAAGCACACUGGGAAAGAUUUUGAGGCUGUCUGCACUGGGGUGAGUUGCCCUAAUCCCUAGGGACCUCAGUCUUUAGAGAAGGAAAAAACUCGGUCCCAGAAUUCCAGUCCAGCUCGUACUUGGAAAGAGAGUUGAUCCCACCUGCUGUUUCAUCUGUAAGGACAGAUGCCUACUGAAGUUUUGUGAGGUCAUUGUAUGGCACAUAGCACCCUUGCCUCUUAAAGGAAGCCAAAUAAGGAACUGACGUGGCAACGUACUCUACGGUAGAUGUCCAAGGCAUGUUUGUACAUGGACCUCUAGGAGGAAGUCAGUCCUGCAUCGGCUCACAGUAUGAACUCCUUAUCAAGGCUUCAUUUACCCUAUCCUGAAAGUACCUCUGUUGUGUUCAUUUUUGAGUGAACCGAUCUUGGGAAAAACUGCACAUCUGCCAUUUCUGAUUCUUCAUCUGGUUUACGCUAUGUGAUUCCCGCCUGGAUGUAUAUCUUCUUUCUGCUCACCUCCUCUACUUAUUAAAAUUACAUUUAACACUUACUAUUAUUUCCUUACCUCUUACUUUUAAUAUCUUCCAUCAGAAUGUAAUUUGGGAUUUUUUUUUUCCAAAGAUUUUUAAGCACUGAGUAUUGAACAGGCACUCAAAUUGAAGUAUGUUUGUCACAUUAUAUAUAUUUUUCAUAAAUAAAAAUAAUUUAAAAGUUAUCUUUGUACUUGAUUAUUACCAAUGCACAUAUAUGUAAAUGUAAACUACCAAUAUUUACUAAUGCAUGUACAUAAUGACCAGUUGGUUUAACUUUACUUUUGUAAAUAUGGUAUAUAAACAUCGAUGAGACAUUUUUACUGGUUGUUGGUGUUGGUUUGCUUGUUAUGAGUUUAUCUCACUCUGAUCUGCAUCUCCAUAGUCCAGUUUGGGUCAAAACUUUAUUUUGAACAACUCUGUGUUGGUUACAAUGGUAAAGAACAGGUGUCAAAUGCUGAAAAUGCAUACGGAACUAGAAAUAUUAAAAAACGGUCUUAGAAAUAAUUACUUUUGUUUUACUGUGGCCCAUUCUUUUCAUGCAUGGCAAUGUAGUAAUUUAAAAUAAAAUAAUUCUGGUCACAUUAGUUUAAUAUACAUUACAUUAUAAACAUCCCGUUUAUGCAUUUGUGUGUUGACCAUUUAAAUCUUAGUCUGCGUUUUCAAUUACUCUUUAAAAAAUUUUUCUACUACCUGCUUGAGGCUUCAACAACUGGAUGGAACUCUGAAUGGCGGGGGGUGAAAAAUAAUUCACAUGGGGUAUGUUGCUUUCUCUCCUGAGUUAUUUAUAAUAGUUUAGCAAAAUCAUCAUGUUUUGGAGAUCUGGUUUCAUUUGCAAGCUUUGUAAUGCCCUUACCCGCACUUACCAUGUUUCCUGUCUUUCUUUUGAGUCAACU